AUGGCAAGUUUGUUGAGCACCUCUCUGCCCAGCUGCCUCCCCUCCCUCCUCCUCGUCCUCCUCCAGCUGUCUUCCAGCUCUGCAGGACAGUUCAGAGUAAUAGGACCAGGGCACCCCAUCCGGGCACUGGUGGGGGACGAAGUGGAAUUGCCAUGUCGCAUCUUGCCUGGAAAGAAUGCUACAGGCAUGGAGGUGGGAUGGUACCGGCCCCCCUUCUCCAGGGUGGUUCAUCUCUACCGAAAUGGCAAGGACCAAGAUGAAGAGCAGGCGCCUGAAUACCGGGGCCGGACAGAGCUGCUGAAAGAGACUAUCGGGGAGGGGAAGGUGACCCUCAGGAUCCGGCAUGUAAGGUUCUCAGAUGAAGGAGGUUUCACCUGCUUCUUCCGAGAUCAUUCUUACCAAGAGGAGGCAGCGAUGGAAUUGAAAGUGGAAGAUCCCUUCUACUGGAUCAACCCCGGCGUGCUGGUUCUCAUCGCGGUUCUGCCUGUGCUCCUCCUGCAGAUCACCGUGGGCGUCUUCCUCUGCCUGCAGCGCAGACUGAGAGGAAAACUUCGAGCAGAGAUCGAGAACCUCCACCGGACUUUUGAUCCCCACUUUCUGAGAGUGCCCUGCUGGAAGAUAACCCUGUUUGUGAUCGUGCCAGUUCUCGGACCCCUGGUGGCCUUGAUCAUCUGCUACAACUGGCUCCACCGCAGACUAGCAGGGCAAUUUCUUGAAGAGCUAAG